CAUUUUAUUUUCCAAUAUUUAUCCCAAAUAUCUCACUCCUGACUUGCCCAUAUUGGUAAAAGAACAUUCUAAUUGAUUUUGUAUGGUUUAUAUUCAUUGUAUGAUUGUGCUGAAUGUUCUUUUCAGGCUAAACGUUAAACCAUGAGGGUAGGCGUAGGCUCUUUUGUGUUGAAUGCGUUUCGUGAAAAUAAUGACAUUGACAAGGCCCAACCCCCCAUAACUUUGGAGCGCAGUGGAUGACGAAUUCGUCAGUUCUGAGGUGUAGGCAUUGACAACAUUUAUAAAUUCUCAGAAUAGGGUCUAGUUCUUGUGAAAUGGGUGUUCAUUAAUACCAUUUGCACCCUGUUCAUAUUAAUAAAAGAAACAAAGUCUACCUUUUCGAAACAACUCACCUAAGUAUUAAAAUAAGUUGGUGGUGAUGUUUUCUUUCAUAUCAGCAAGAAAAGAGGGAAAGGCUUUGGUUUUUGAGGGAUAUUAUGGGGUAAAACAGCAGUGUAAAUGAUGCGACGAAGAGCUGCGAACGAAGAUGAAUCAGCGCAUGUAGUUUGGUUCCUUUACCUGGAACCAUAACAGUUUCUUUUAUAAAAUUCAGUAGGGGGCCUAUAUCCACAAUGGCUGGGUCAGGUAACAAGAUGUGAAACAAAAUUGCGUAAUGCUGUCAUCUUCGCCAAACUCAGAGGUGCUGAGAACAUGACCUGGAUGUGAGCUCUCUGUAAUAUUGUUGAACAGAGGCUAAAUAAUGGCCUCAACCAGUGAGAAGACACCGCUGCUUAGUCACCAUGGUAAUCUGGAGUCAGACCUCACCAAACUCAAGCCUGCUGUCAUUGGGUUCCAGUCAGAAGAAGAUGACAGUUCGUCACUCGCCGAUGUCGACCUCAGUGGCCCUGGGCAGUCAGGAGAAAAGGGCAACCAAUUAUACAGUAAGUUUAAAGGACCCAGUUCUGGACCACGCUUAUCUGGUGUGUUGGGAACCAGCGGUGGAAAUGCUGUUGUAGUUGAGAGCAAACGCAGGAAACCAUUCCAUUAUUCCUCCGUCCCCACCUACUUGUCUAAUGACGGUCAGAUAGAGAACGCUGUUGAUGAGAAGACAGCGGCCACAUUCAACCGUUACCGUUACUACAGUCGGCUGGCGGGUAACCCUGGCCAACGUAAUAACACACUGGAAAUCCCAGACCAUGUUCUGCCUCCGUUUCUUCUGUCUGUCGAGUUGCCAUUCAAGGACAAGGAGGGAAAACAAGGUAGCCUCGUAACAAUAUUUUCUAUCUGGAACACCAUGAUGGGCACGUCACUACUUAGCAUGCCUUGGGCCAUCCAGCAGUCUGGCUUCCUGAUGGGUCUGAUUCUCCUGGUGGGCAUGGCAGGGCUGACCUUAUACACAUGCUACAGGGUGGUGAAGUCUGUGCAGAGAUUGGAGAGUGGAGGCAAGCUGGUGGAGUUCUCGGACGUCUGUCGGGAGUACCUGGGCCGUCCAGGGGAGUAUGCGGCUGUUUUCUUCUCCCUAGCUGCCCUGCUAGGAGCCAUGAUAGUCUACUGGGUCCUGAUGUCCAACUUCAUGUACAGCUCUGUCAGCUUCAUCUAUGGUCGUGCAGUGGGACUGAAUACUACUGGCAAUGCCACACUGUGUGCGCUCGGCCAUCAAGACGGCGCUACCAGCCAACUCGGAGUGAACGUCAACAUGUCUAACAUCACCGAUGCCGCGGAGACGAUGUUUGCAAAAGUUUGGAGCAAGACGCACACCGUGCCACUCUUCCUAUGCAUUCUAGUCUUCCCGCUCAUGAACUUCAAAUCCCCGACCUUCUUCACCAAGUUCAACGCUCUAGGGACCCUGUCGGUGCUGUUCCUCAUCGUGUUUGUCACUGUCCAAGCCGUCCGGUUUGGCGGCUUCCACAUGGACUUUGCAGACCCUGGCUCCAAGUAUUACUCAGCACUCUUCAGCCCCGAGUUCCCAAUUUUCAGCGGCAUCUUGGCGCUUGGCUAUUUCAUUCACAUGUGCAUCUCCUCCAUACUGAGGACCCAGAAAAACCCCAAGAAUAAUGGCCGAGACAUGACCAUUGCCUAUAUUCUGGUGGCGGCGACAUACACAUUUGUUGGUGCGAUGUUCUACUCCACCUUCCCACUCAAGAAAGCUUGCCUGGCUGAUAAUCUGCUGGACAACUUCAGCCACGGAGAUGUGUUCGCGUUCACGGCCAGGCUGUUCUUGCUGUUCCAAAUGGUGACACUCUUCCCUCUGCUGGUCUUCAUCUUUAGGAUCCAGUGUCUGGACCCACUCUUUAAGAGCGCUUAUCCCAGCUGGAAGCACGUCCUAGUGCUCAACCUCAUACUGAUCACCGUAGCAGUACUGUUUGCUGUCUUCCUACCUCAGAUUGGCACCAUCAUCAGGUUCUCCGGAGCCUUCUGCGGCCUAGCGUACAUCUUUACCCUGCCUUGCGUGGUUUACUUGCUGGAGCUGAAGCAGCAGGGACGGCUGACCUGGCCCGUGGUGGUGGCACAUGCCUCCAUUAUAGCCAUAGGGGCGGCCAACUUCGUUGCCCAGUUUGUCUUCCUUUGAUUGAUAAAAAUGUGGGUUAUGGGUUGGUUAGGGUUGAAACUGAAGACCUUUUAUGGUAGGG